UAUCUUUACCAGAUUAAUUUCUAAAUUCACUAGUGACUGUAGAGUAGAUAUGUGCCAAACCCGAACUAACAAAAAAAGGGGAAAUUUACCUUAAGUGAAAACAGGAGAAGAAAGCCAAACCUUCCUGGAUGCUUGUAAUGGAGAUGUUUACAUGCGGAGGUAAUAGCAAGCUAAGAAUUAUAUAAAAUCCACUAGAAACAUUGGUAAUGAAAGUGCCAUUUGCCAAAACUGGCAGCUGUUGCAUGUAUUCAGCUUACUCCUUUGCAAAUCUGGGUGCUCUAGCUCCAUCCCACCAGCUCUGCAUCCUCAGAACCACAGUGACAAUAUCACUUGUAACCUGUGUCACUCCUGCCUAGGCAGACAUUAACUCACUAGAUUAAAGAUGUCACAGCUGGUAGAGGACUAUUGUUCCUGAAGUUGAAAAUGAUGAAUUUUUAAUUACCUUGUUUAUAAUUAUCAUAUAAUUAUGAUUCUACUCUUUGAGGGAAGAGGGAAUGUUUGUUAGCUCUCCAAACACCAAAACCUGUCACAAGCGACAGGAUGAACUGAAACCUAAAAAAAAAUAAGACUUACACAUCUCUUGGGGCCGCCCAGUUUGUCUUCCUGUAGCUGUUUGCUGUGUAUUUGAUGACAAUCCAUUCUCACAGAUGGAGCAGUUGCCAGACUCAUUCCUCCCUAAGGGAGGGAGAAUAGGAGGAGCAUCAGAAGCACUACAGACUGCAGUGAGCAUAUCUCAUGCAAAAGGCAGAAGAGAAGAAAAGAGGGACGUUUAGGAGAGGGAACAAGAAAAUGCUGUUUGAGGAAGAAACAGUAUAACCUGACACAUACGUCAAGCUUUACACAAGCAACAUGUCACGGCCUCCAGGAAGAAAGCAGGACAGCCACAAAAUAAGCAGAGAACUUUUUGUUCUCACAUAUGGGGCUUUGGUAGCCCAGCUGUGUAAGGACUAUGAAAAAGAUGAAGAUGUCAACAGCUGUUUAGACAAAAUGGGAUAUGGCAUUGGCAUAAGGCUGAUAGAUGAUUUUUUAGCUCACUCAGAUGUAAAACGGUGUCGCAGUUAUUCUGAAACGGCAGACAUGAUUGCACAGGUGGCUUUCAAAAUGUACUUGGGGGUCACCCCCAGUGUGAACUGCAGUAGUGCUGCAGGAAAUGAAUUCUCCUUAAUCCUGGACAAAAACCCAUUAGUGGACUUUGUGGAGGAGCUGCCAGUGGAACGAGCAUCCCUUUGCUAUUGCAACCUCCUCUGUGGAGUGAUUCGAGGUGCCUUGGAAAUGGUUCACUUGGCAGCAGAAGUGACCUUUCUGCAAGACAAGCUGAAGGGUGAUGCUGUGACAGAAAUAGGAAUUACGUUUUUAAGGAAGGCUGAAGACAAGAAAGCAAAAAAGAAAUAAAUGAAAGAAAUAUUGAGAUAAAGCUUUGUUAUGUGAUGUUCUAGACCUUUUGUUUCUGAAGAUGAAAUGCAGGGUAGAAAUGUUUCCUUGAUUCAUCUGCACCACUCAGAUGUUGGUAGGGUGAAGAAAUCUAGAAAGCACAGCUGAGGUCAGAGUAAAAAUCUUAAUCCUCAUGGCACAGGUAUGAGUACAAGAGACCAACAUGUCUUUGUUCUUGCUUUUCACAUAGCCAUACUCUUGAACAAAAUGGAUGCUUUAUUUCAGUAUUCAGUGCAUGCUGGGUGCAAAAUAUUCAUUCAGACACCUAAUGUUUUCAGUGUUUUCAGGUGAACAUGACUUUAUUUUUCCUUUUUUUUGGGGGGGGAGAGGGGAAGUGAAGUUUAAAAGCAUGAUUGGUAAGAUAUGCUUUGUUUCCCUAUCUGAUUGUAGUUAAGAAUAAUAAAUCCUACAAUAUGCA